AUGAGUGACCGGAGUGUGCGCAGAGCCAUAUGCAGCAGGAGACACUACAUCCUGGUCCUGCUGGGCUUGGUCCUGGUAUGCAUCGUCCUCCAGACUUUAGUCGCCCGUCAGACCAGUAAUGACAAAGUCCCUGGAGUCAAUUUCUUUCCCUUCGCCUUGUACAAACCACACUCCUUUUCUCUUCACUCCAUUUUGGGAAAAUUCUCGUCCAACUCUGCACUGAAUGACCUAAACCCCACUACUCUCUACACCACUGAGGCCUUUUCAACUGCAGGAGUGACGAACCACCGAUUCAGCGAGUUCCACAUCAUAUGCAACCACAUGAGGUUCAAGAAGUCUGAGGUCGCUAAGGUGAUGCCGCGCGACACGUUUUACUUCUCCAUCCUGCGAAACCCAGUGUCGAUGAUGGAGUCCAUAUUCAUCUACUACAAGAGCAUACAAGCGUUCAAUGGCAAACGCACUCUGGACGAAUUUUUGAACUCGAGCUGGACGCAGUACAACAGCUCCGUGGUGAACAACCACUACGCGCACAACAUCCUCGCCUUCGACUUUGGCUUCAACAACAAUGCCACGUACAAGUCGCCGGAUCUCGAGCAGCAAGUCUCCAACGCCAUUACCGGCAUCGAACGCGACUUCCAUCUGAUCCUCAUCAACGAGUACUUCUACGAAUCCAUGAUUUUGCUCAAGCACUCCCUCUGCUGGACGCUGGAGGAUGUUGCGUCUUUUAAACUGAACAGCCGCAGUGACCACACCCGCCGCUCUCUUUCGUCCGAAACGGUCGACAAGAUCAAAAAGUGGAACGCGCUAGAUUGGCAGAUUUAUCUGCAUUUCAAUGCUACAUUUUGGCGCAAGUUGGACAGUUUGAUGGGACGCCGACAACUUGAACAAGAAGUUUCAGAGUUGAAAGCCGUGCAAACUAAACUCGCAGAAGUGUGCCUUAAAGAGAAAGGUGCUGUGGAUCCGUCGAAAAUCAAAGACGCCGCUUUGAAGCCUUUCCAGUACGGGGCGGCGGUCAUUCAGGGGUACAUCUUGAACUCGGACAUGGACAAUCGAACCAGAGAGAUGUGCGAGGGCUUGAUAAGGCCCGAACUGCAGUACACACAGAGACUUUACAUCUCACAGUUUCAAGAAGGGCACAAACACUUGAUUAAGCGCAGAUUCAUUUAUUUCAAAGCGCCGCAAAGUGCCCGUGGUCCACACAACGCCACUGCACCCUGA